GUUGACACAUGGAUUAUAAUUUCAAGACUUCGUAAAAUACCUUAAUGCAUGAAAAUGUGAAGUUUUUGGUGAUUGCUGAACUAGCGUAAUUUUAAAGUGGAUUAGUUCUUUACUGCAAGACUUGACAAACAUGUCAGCUAUUUCGUCGAUUACUGGAAUCAUAAAGAGACUUCCACGACCACCAGUCGUUCAACGUUCGAAUUCGACGUAUUUUUCAGAAGUCAAGAAGUCAUUCUCUGGACAUUUCAGUAGCAUCAGAGUCGAAAGAAAAGCGAAUGAUUUUUGGAGUCGAAGAGGACCAACUGUUCUUUCAUAUCGUGGGCUUGCUAAUCAUGGUGGUAUAGCUUUAUGGCAGUCUUCUUCGUGCAUCAGACCUCAAGCCCACGCGAACUUCUUGAAAAUGAAUACUCGUAACAGUUACAAUGAACCGUGGAUGAUGUCUGAUGAGGAAGUUAGGGAUAUCAUAACAGAAAAUGAAUGUGCAGGUAAACUUCAGCUGGGAAUUGUAAGCAAAUUCGAAUCAAACUUGUUGCCAUCUAAUAAUCCAACAGAGGAUCGAAGAUUUGUGACCAAAUUACUGCAAGACAGAGAUGCCUUUCUGUUUGGUGUUUUGGAUGGCCACGGCGGAAGCAGCUGUGCUCAUAAUGUUUCUCAACGCCUCUCAGACUACAUAGGACUGUCGCUGCUUCCGAAUGAAAUUCUUUUGGGACCAAUGUUGAAGAAGUUUCUUUGCUCCGAGCACCUCCUUGCGUCAAACUCUCCAAGUAAUUACUAUUACAGGGAGGAUCCUGUUUGCUAUGAAAGCCUUAAAUCUUACUAUUUGGAGCUGCGUAGGAUACAAAAGAGACAUGAUGUCAGUGGAACCAUGGCUCCUACUUUUGUGCACCUUCAGGAGACUCAUGGUCAUAAGAGAGCAGUUGUGGAUGCAAAAGAGGAACAAGUCUCUCAGACAAUGGGGGCUAUUUCUAGAGCUUUUCUGAGACUAGAUGAAGAUUUGAGUUAUGAAGCAUCAAUUGAAGGGGAGGACAAAGAAGCAGAAGAACACAGAUUUAAAGCAGCUACCUCAGGAGCUUGUGCCUUGGUGGCAUAUGUGAAGGGAACUGAACUUACUGUAGCCAACUGUGGAGACUGUCGUGCUGUACUUGGUGUACAAAGCGAGGAUGGGCAGUGGUCAGCAUUACAACUGUCUACUGAUCAUACAGCCCGCAAUCCGAGGGAAGUUCAACGAGUACUGAGUGAACACCCACCAGAAGAGGCUUCCACUACUCUCAAAUAUGAAAGACUUUUAGGCCGCCUUGCUCCAUUAAGAGCAUUUGGUGAUGUGAGAUUCAAAUGGAGCAAGAAAAAACAAGAGGAAGUGUUUAAUCCAAAAGGAGAUAAAUCAUUUGCCGAUAUGGCAGAAUUUCUUACUCCACCCUACCUUGCUGCUGAACCAGAAGUGACAUCAUACCAGCUACAACGCACAGACAAAUUUCUUAUUCUUGCCACUGAUGGUUUAUGGGAUAUGCUUAGCAAUGAAGAAGCUGUGGCAUUUGUAAAAGAAAAUUUGCAAAAACACAAUUCAGACCCUGAAAUCCAAGACAGGGAACCAAUCUUGGAUUUGAAAAACUCAGCCUCUUGUUUGAUCAAGGAAGCCCUUGGUGGUGAAGAUCACUUUUCUGUCAGUAUGAGCUUAAGUCUACCAUACCCUGAUGUACGCAGUUACCGAGAUGAUAUCACAGUUACCGUGGUGCAUUUUGAUUGGAGCAAUGUUGCAUUAGAGUAGGCAUAUGCUAAGGGACUGGGAACUGGGCUUCCAACAGGCACAGUAAUUGAGCAGAUAAUAGGUGUUAGGUUGUGUAAUUUCAGGCAAUUUACCUGUGAGCACUUAUCAUAAGUUGUGCAAACAUCUUGAAUUUCACAGUAAUGACCUAAUUACCUUGAAUGUCUAAGAUUUGAUUGAAAAUUCUCCUUUCUAGUGGAAAAUUGUUUCACUGUAAAUUAGUAAAGAGAAUUUGGUGUCAUGUCUGAAUAACACCCACCAGAUGAUAUGUUUGUUUUUCUCAUCAUCUGCCUGCCAAAAUGUGUAUUAGGAGAUGACUGGAGAAGAUACAUCUUGAUCACAAACUGGAAUGAAAAGGUUUAAUAAGGAACUGAUCUUGUGUUAAAAAAAGGCAGUUCUGUUGUGGUCAUGCAAGUAAUAAGAAUUAUUUCAAAUUCUGUGAUGCAAAAAAUUUAAUCAGAAUGUUUGCUUCACCUUGGAAAGUUGGAAGAAGUUUGUGAUGUUUUACAGAUUUACUUCAAAAUAUUGAGAGAAAGAUUUGAUGUUGCAGACUUGCUGCUAAAUUAUAAAGAAAUUCUGGAUUUAUUUUCAUGCUUGCUCGGAAAAAUCAGAAAAUGUUAAUGAUAACUUGAAACCAAGGAGAGCAGUUUUUUGCUCAAGGCUGUUUAAGAAGUUAAAUCACUUAUUUGCAGGUAGGGAAUGUAAUUUUUUGUAUAUACCUUGUACUCAUCAAUGAUCACCAAGAACAGACAGGCAAACAAAAUUUUCGGUGAGUUCCAACAGAUGGGACCAACGAGGAGGAGUAAGGAAGAGUUUUAAGUAGUACAUGUAACUGUAAUCUUUUCAUUAAUAAAGGAAGUGGAGAUGAGAAAGAGAAAGGCAAGAAAGUCAUGAAAUUUCUUAGACGUGUUUAUUUUAUCGUAGAAAAGUGUAAGAAUUGUGGAUUCAUGUACCUGCAAGAGCUUCAAACUUGACCUAACAGCGAGUCUGAGUCAAUACUACAAUUAUAUCAUCUAUUUUAGAAAUCUUUCAAAAAGAGUUCCCUUUGUGGCAAAAACGUUUUAAAAUUCAACAUCAAUUGUUGAGCAAAGAUUCUUAGUUUAAUUAAUUAGUGUGAGUCAGACUCAAUUCUACAAUAACAUUGUUAUUUUACAAAUGUUUAUCAAUACAAAACGAUUCCCUUUCGAUUGGGACAAAAACGUCUUGGUAGUCAACAUCAACUGCUUAUUUAAAUGAUGACCAGUUUGAUUAAUGAAAAGGUCAAUUAAUUUUUAUCAAUCAAAUUAGGUUAGUUUAUGUAAUCAUAGUACUAUUACAGGUUUUAAAAGCAACUUUCUGUGGAAACUGCCGAGCUUCUCAUUUCGCUGAAAUGUGAUUUUUACUAUAAAGAACGAAAGGAAA